GGGUUGUUUUUGUCAAGAACUAGCUCAGAAAGUUUCGCUGCUGAAGACCCUCAAGGAAAACAAGUUAGUGGGUCUGUUGUUUGGAGUCAUGUGGAAGGCACUCAGCCUUACCUUGGCUCUCUGCCUGCUGGUGGGCUGCAGUGCAGAGAGCGAAACAGAAGGAGCCCGCUGUAAACUUCCUCCCGAGUGGAAGGUUGGGGAUGUGGAGCCCAUGAAGAACGCUCUUGGACAAGUGACAGUGGUGGCUUACCUCCAGGCCAGCUGAUUGUUCUGUCUGGAGCAAGCAUCAAAGCUUAAUGACUUGCUCCUGAAGCUGGAGAAGCAGGGUUAUCCAAAUAUAGCCUACAUGGUGGUAAACAACCGUGAGGAAAGGUCCCAGCGGCUGCACCACCUGCUUCAAGAAAGGCUGUUGAACAUCACCCUCUACGCCCAAGACCUCAGCCAGCCGGACGCCUGGCAGGCUGUAAAUGCUGAGAAGGAUGACAUUUUGGUCUAUGACAGGUGUGGCCGACUGACUUACCAUCUGUCACUUCCCUACACCAUCCUGAGCCACCCACAUGUGGAGGAGGCUAUAAAACAUACAUACUGUGAUCGCAUUUGCGGAGAGUGCAGCCUGGAGAGUUCAGCGCAACUUGAAGAGUGCAAGAAAGCCACAGAAGAAGUGAAUAAACCGGUGGAAGAAGAACCUAGUCAAGAUCAUGGUCAUCAUGAACAUGGUCAUCACGAGCAUCAAGGAGAGGCGGAAAGGCACAGACAUGGCCACCAUCAUCCCCACCACCACCAUCACCACCACCGAGGCCAACAGCAGGUUGAUGUGGACCAGCAGGUCCUAUCCCAGGUCGACUUUGGUCAGGUGGCUGUUGAAACACCAAUGAUGAAACGGCCUUGAGCAAAGCACAGCAGGUGAAAAGUGCAGUACAGCUGACAGCAGGGGGCAGAUUCCCCUGUGGCCAGCUGAUGCUGACACUGACGACAGCUCUUUGGCGGAGAAGGCAACGGGCGCGUGGCAGGUCUCUGACACUGUGAUGAGCCUCUUCCGGCCUCCUGACCCUGACAGGGCCUGAAGGAGCAGGACAACCACAUCAAGGAGACCUGACAGUGACGUCCCGCCCCUCCGGCCGAAUGAGAGCUGUCGCAACCAACCUGAGUCUGACCAGCAGGGGACGCCACUUGAGGGUGACGAAAGAAGUAAACAGGGAGCAAUCAAUAAUAUCAGCAUGUAAACAUCAAGUCACUGCUGGUUAACACUCAAGGUGAAACUUACCAACUAGUAUUUAAACCUCAGUGUGAGGCAGCACUGGACUUUAGCAUCCCGAUUUGCAAAUUAGUUCUUGUUCAAUGCAAGAUAAUCAAAUCAGGAACAUCAAAAUAAAACAGUUUUGAUUUGGCAAAAACAAAGAAACUGCAAGUAACACAUUGAAUCCAUUUUUAAGUAUUGUCUUGUAAAACAUACACCUAAUUUCCCCUAAAAAUCAUAAAUGUGAUUUUUUUAUCUGGUUAAAUCUGACUUUAACUGGUCCAGUGUCUGUAUUUUUUCACCUGAGAGUGUGUUCGGUUCAUCAUGUUAGUGUCUUUUCACCUCUAAGUGCUUUAUGUGGUCUUUAUGAAGGCAGGUGCAGAAACUAUGCACUAGUGGUGUCUGUCUGAUGUUUGGCCAUACAGAGCAGAGGGCAAAGGUCAUGUAACAUCCUGUAACCUUGGCUAUACCUAAUAAAAAUUUUGGGGUAUUAAAAUCUAUUUUUCUUAAAGUUCUAGUUUUCAGAAAGAUGUUUUUAUUGUGUGGAGAAGCAGUAGAAGUGGUUAAGUAGGUGGAAAGUUUAUUUUUAAAAAAAGACCAAACACUUUUGAAUCACUUUAUUGGGAUCAGUUUCUGUUUUCCAAUAGUUACUAGUAUGUCUGUUGUUUUAGGUAUACUUGGCAUUACAAUAAAAGCAAUGUUACUGGAUUAUAGGGAAAUGCACAAAGCCUGUAUCUUGUACUACACUUUUUUUAGAGAUGAGCAAGAAUUUAAUGGAGUAACAAGUGAAAGAUUGGGUUGUUGUUUUAUGAUAGAUGGUUUUAAACAUUUUUUAUACUUAAUGAAGGUUUUCUGGUAAAUCUUGUAUCACCUGGAAGACCCGAGAAACUGUAUGGAAAUGUAUGCUGUGGUAUAAAUGAAUGUGAAAUGUAUGUGAAAUGGAAGAGGGAAAAUAUGUUACUCAGAUAAAUUCAAAUAAAGUAAAAAUCAAAAUAAAUAAACAGUGUUGUACUUGCA